AUGGAAACCACUCUCUUGUCUACUUCUGAUCAGCUGAUUCAUGUUCAGCUCAGGCUCAUCAAUCUGAAUAAAAUUUGUCUCUGUACAGUUGUUUAUGGUGAACAUUCCUUUGUGAACCGGCGCCCUCUUUGGGCUGACCUGUUGCGUCUGUCUUCAUGUAACCUUCCUUGGUUUGUCGCUGGAGACUUUAAUGCCAUCAAAGAUCCGGCUGAUAGGAUAGGAAGUACAACUCCCUGGAUCCCGGCUUUUGAUGAAUUUGGGGAUUGUCUGAACCAAGCGGGACUUGAAGAUAUUCGAUACGUGGGAUGUAGAUAUACAUGGUCGCAUUCUUCAGGCGAGAACCGGAAAUUACGCAAGAUUGAUCGGGUGCUCUCUAAUGACAUCUGGACUCAGCAGUUUUCCUUCUCAGAAGUCACCUUUCUCCCCCCUGGGAUAUCAGACCACUCUCCUAUGGUGCUAAGAAUCCUCUUGCCUCAUAACUCUAAGAAGCCCUUCAAGUUUUUUAACUUUUGGACUUCGCACCCUAAAUUCUUGGAUCUAGUUGAGCAAGCUUGGGAUACUCCGAUAGUGGGCACUCCUAUGUUUAUUAUCUGCUGCAAGCUGAGGGCACUUAAAGCAAAGUUGAAGCAGCUGAAUAGGAGCUCCUUCUCUGACAUUUCCUUGAGGACCGAACAAGCUAGAUCAGAACUGUAUGCUGUUCAGUCGGCACUUGAGCAACAUCCUAUUGACCAGAACUUACAGGACAGAGAAGUGGAGUUCACAUGA